AUGGCGCGGGAGGGCUCCGGGAGGGCGGGGUACUUGGGCCGGGCGGGGGCCCGGGGCGGGGGGCGGCGGCGGCCCCCGACCUGGGAGGUCUCGGACUCGGACGGCGAGGGCCCCGCCGGCGCGGAGGCCGGCGCGACGGCCCGCGGGCCGGUGAAGGAACGCAGCGCGGCGGCGGAGGAGCGCAGGGCGGCGGCGGAGGAGCGCAGGGCGGCGGCCGAGGCGCUGCGGCCCGAGCAGGCCCUGCGGCGCGUGGCGGUGCGGGUGGACGCAGCUCUUCUGGAAGAUACUGGUGCCGACAUCCUGCUGGAGGCCCUGCGCGCCCUGGGCUGUGAGUACCACAUCGAACCCCAGCGGCCGGCCCGGAGUCUCAGGUGGACCAGAGCGAAGCCGGAUCCUUGUCCCCGCACUGUGCCUUCGGAGGUGUGGGCUGCAGAUGAACAGGACCUCCUUCUGCUCCUGGAGCCCGAGGAGUUUCUACAGGGCGUCCAGCAACUGACCCAGACUCGUGGCCCAUCUUGCUCUGUGCCCUGGAUCUGUCCUGAGAGCUCCACCAGCCCCCGCCUGGCUGUCAUCGGGCUGGAUGCCUACUUGUGGUCUCACCAGCCCAGCAGCCAGGAGAUGCGACGGCCAGAGAGUCCAGCGGUGGACCAUGCCACAGUGGCACUCAGCUGGCCCAAGGUGGAGGAGGCCCUGGUACUCCUGCAGCUCUGGGCACAUCUGGAUGUACUGCUGGUGGCCUCCUGGCAGGAGCUGAGUCAGCAUGUGUGUGCCUUCACCAAAGCCCUCGCUCAACGCCCCUUCAGGCGGUACCGGGAGUCCUGUGCCUUUUCCUUCUGUGUGGCUGGGCGCUGGGCAGCCAGCGAGCGCGUGGCAAGCAGUGGCAGAGGGUUGCGGGGCAUCUGGUGGCGGCAGAUCAGACAGUUCCACCGGGUCAGCCCGGCUGUGGCCGAUGCCAUUGUCACCGCCUUCCCCUCCCCCCGCCUUCUGCAGCAGGCAUACACGAGCUGCAGCACGGAGCAGGAACGCCUGGCCCUCCUGGCAGACCUCCCCGUGAAGAUGGGCGAGGGCGUGCGGCCCCGCAGGGUGGGGCCUGACCUUUCCCGCCGCAUCUGCCUCUUCCUGACAACCACCAACCCUGAGCUCCUGCUGGACCUGGGCUCCUGACCACACCUGGGGGACAGGACGGGACAUGGUCCACCCCAUGCAAGGGCUGAACUGCCAACUACCCGGGGGAUGGGGGAACAGGGCGCUGCUCCUGGGGUGCAUGGGAGGGCACGGGGUGGCCAGAACAUUCUCGGGUAACUGGGAUGAGCAGGAGAGGAGGUGAGCUUCCCCUGCCCUGGGUCCUGGAUACACCGACCGCGGAGCCGGGGCCCAGUUGGGGGGUCAGGAAGGGGGCACACACACCAAUCGUGGGGAGACUUGGGAGUGGCACCUUCUAAGAAACAAUAAGACAAAAUCUCGAGGGAGGAAAGCACACUGGGUGGUCUCUCCUGGAGGGUGUUGUGAUGCAGCCGGGCCCAAGGGGAGGAGAGCAGCGGGCCUCAGCUGGACUCCAUCCUGUCACCACGGAGGCGUCACAUAAAGUCUAAGUUUAUUA